UAUAUAUACAUGUUGGCUGUAAAAGGAGGUUAAAUGAAACAGAGGGACCAAUGGAAAGAUUCUUCUUCCUCUCUCUCUUUCUUCUUCUUCUUCCUCUGUUCUUCAUCAUCAACAUCACUUUCGCCUUCCCUCUCUCCACCGACUCACGCUGGAUCGUCGACGACGGCAACAAAGGACGGCGAGUGAAGCUCACGUGCGUCAACUGGCCGUCGCAUCUUGAAACUGCGGUGGCGGAAGGUUUAAGCAAGCAGCCUUUGGAUUCGAUCGGGGCCAAGAUCGUUUCAAUGGGGUUCAACUGCGUUAGAUUGACUUGGCCUCUCUACUUAGCCACCGAUGAAUCCUUCUCUGGGAUUAUGACUGUGAGACAAUCUCUUCGCAAGCUUGGUCUUCUUGAAGCUAUCUCUGGUUUUCAAGCUAAUAAUCCAUACAUUCUUGAUCUUCCUCUCAUCAAAGCUUUUCAGGAAGUGGUUUCGUCUCUUGGAAAGCAUAGACUAAUGGUGAUCCUAGACAAUCACAUAAGCCAACCUGGUUGGUGUUGCAAUGACAAUGAUGGAAACGGUUUUUUCGGCGAUAGAUAUUUAAACCCUCAGCUUUGGAUCAGAGGACUAAAGAGAAUGGCAACAAUGUUUGCUAAUGUUUCAUCAAAUGUGGUUGGUAUGAGUCUAAGGAAUGAGCUUAGAGGUCCAAAACAGAACAUCAAAGACUGGUACAAGUACAUGAGAGAAGGCGCUGAAGCAGUCCACUCUGUGAAUCCGAACAUUCUUGUCAUUGUCUCCGGUUUAAACUACGAGACAGACUUAUCCUUUCUCCGUGACAAACCGUUUGAAGUAACCUUCAGGAGGAAACUAGUGUUUGAGAUCCAUUGGUAUGGGUUUUGGAGUUCUUGGGAAGGAGAUAACUUGAACAAGAUUUGCGGGAGAGAAACCGAAAACAUCAUGAAAAUGUCAGGGUUUCUACUGGAGAAAGGGUUUCCUUUGUUAGUGAGCGAGUUUGGGAUUGAUCAAAGAGGAAACAAUGUGAAUGACAAUAGGUUUCUAAGUUGUUUUAUGGCUUUAGCAGCGGAUCUUGACCUAGAUUGGGCGUUAUGGACUCUUGCAGGAAGCUAUUAUGUAAGAGAGAAAACUAUUGGAUAUGAUGAAACGUAUGGAGUUUUGGAUUGGAGUUGGUCAAGCAUAAGAAACUCAACAAUUUUGCAGAUGAUUUCUUCUAUACAGUCUCCUUUUAGAGGACCAGGUCUAAUGGAAACACACCCCAAGAAAAUAAUAUUCCAUCCUUCAACUGGACUUUGCAUCGUGAGGAAGUCAUUGUUCCAACUUAAGCUAGGUUCUUGCGAUCGAUCAGAAAGCUUUAGACUUUCUUCUCAACGAGUUUUGUCACUAGCAGAAGAAAAAAUCUUGUGCUUAAAAGCUUAUGAGAAAGGAAAGUCCGUGAAGCUGCGUCUGUAUUUCUCAGAAUCUUAUUGUUCACGAUGGAAACUAUUGUCUGAGUCAAAGAUGCAGCUCUCGUCCAUAACAAAGAACGGAGAAUCAGUUUGUCUGGAUGUGGAUUCAGAUAGUAACAACAUUGUAACGAAAAGCUGCAAAUGUUUAGAAGGAGAUGCGAGUUGUGAUCCAAAAAGCCAGUGGUUUAAGGUUGUUACUAGCACGAGAAGUCGGUUUAGAGCAAACCCGUUUCUUCAAGUUAGUCCAUACUCGAAGACAUUUCUUCAGGAACCUUUAUCAGUCUUAUAAGGUAUUCAAGGAAAAGUUCAAAUAGCUUUUAACAAGAUUGUACACAGGUACCUACCGCAGUGCUGAUUGCAAUUCUUGAUUUGUAUAACAUUUGAUAAAUAGUGCACAUAAUAACACUGUACAUUUUGAAGACAGUGAUUAGCAGAGAUGCGAUCUAUCAUCAGUGACAAUAACGAGUCUUAAUAAGACAAUUCUGCGUAAUUUUUCGUCAGUUUUUUCUUUGAAUUUUCGAAAAACAUAAUAUAUUGGUUUUCAAGGUA